AUGGCGACGACCGUCGUACCCUCGAAGUCGGACUUUUCCGGAGUCGCGCCAGCGCCUGAAGAAGUCAGCAGCAUUCUAAAGACCAUUGUUGACACCAACUCCGCGCAGACCUCACUCGACGCCUCCUAUGCGCUUACAAACCUCCUUCUUCAGUCUGUAGGAAUCCGAGGCCUGCUCUCCUACAACCUCAUUCCCGAGAUCAAAAAGGCCGCGGCAGACAAGAAGAACGGCGCCAAACGGGAAAGUGCCAUGUUCAUGCUCGGGGCCAUGUUCGAGCGAUUCCCCCGCGAGCAGCCGCUGAGCGAAGUUGUCUUUCUGGUUCAGGAUGGGGGACUCUUCAACCUGGUCCUGGAUGGCUUGGCUGACAAGGGCUCGUCUGUCCGCGAGUCGGCUCAAUAUGCUGUCGACGAAUUAUUCAAGAACCUCGCGCCGGAGGCUAUGGUUAUAGGUCUCCUCCCAGCUUUGCAAUCUUAUCUGUCCAAACCAACCGGAAAAUGGCAAGGCACUGUGGGCGCAUACACUCUCUUGGGCAAGAUGGCCGAUAAGGCCCAGAUGGGAACAGGCACGAAAGAAGAGGAACAAGCAAAAGACGUUCUGCGGGAAUCUAUGGGUAAAACGCUCAAGGAGCUCAUUCCAAUCGUGGAGGGGGGGAUGCACGACCUCAAAGCCGAAGUCUCCAAAGCCGCCAAUAAGACCAUGACCUCGCUCACGACUUUGCUUCAGAACGACGACGUGGCCCCUCGGAUACCCCUGCUCAUCGACACCAUGAAAAAUCCGUCCGCUCAGACUCUUCAGAAAGCCAUCCACGCCCUGUCCCAGACCACCUUCGUCGCUAUCGUGACAUCCCCUGUCCUCGCUCUUCUGACCCCUUUGCUGGAGCGAUCACUCAACACUCCAAGCACCUCUCAAGAAGUUCUUCGCCAGACAGUGGUUGUAGUGGAGAACUUGACCAAGCUCGUGCAUGAUCCAGUCGAGGCUAGAACUUUCCUGCCCAAGCUCCAGCCGGGUGUCCAGAGAGUCAAAGACAACGCAUCCCUUCCCGAAGUUCGAGAACUGGCCACCAGGGCCGUGAAUGUCAUGAAGAAGGCCAUGGGUGACGACAAAGAUGGUGUGACCAACGGCCAAAUUGCCAGAACCACCACCGACGAUGUUCUCAAAGUCCUUGACAGCCAGAUCCGCGCACAAGGCGGUCUGCGCAAAGAGGAUAUGCCAAUCUGGAAACACGGGCAGACUUAUGUCUCAGAGAUGGUCAGAGAAGAUGUCAACGCUCGGGUCUUCUCGCGUAUUCCUUCUCGAGUUGGUCCAUAUCUCAAGUACAUGCUGCCAGACGAGCUUUGCACAGCUGUUGCCGAGGCUGUGCAGAAGCACUUCGUUGAUGAGGAUCACAAGAAAUUUGGCGCUCCCAUUGUGGAGGAUCCAAACGAGGUUGAGAUUGUCAACGCAGAAUUUUCUCUCGCUUAUGGUGGCAUGCUAUUGCUGUCACACACCAACCUACGACUUCUAAAAGGGCACCGCUACGGUCUAUGCGGCCGAAAUGGGGCGGGGAAAUCGACACUCAUGCGAAGCAUUGCAGAAGGGAAGCUGGAAGGCUUUCCACCCAAGGAAGUCCUGAAGACAUGCUUUGUGGAGCACAACCAGGGUGAAGAUGCCGAUAUCAGCAUUCUUGAGUAUGUAUCCAAGGAUCCCGAAAUUGCCAAGGAAGGGCAAGCGCGGAUCUCAGAGGUACUGAGCGAAGUUGGCUUUACAGCUGGUCCGGAGGGCCGACAGUCCCAUAAGGUGGGCUCUUUGUCUGGAGGCUGGAAGAUGAAGCUGGCUUUGGCGAGGGCAAUGCUGAUGCGCGCCGAUGUUCUCCUGCUCGAUGAGCCGACCAACCACCUGGAUGUGGCAAAUGUCAAGUGGCUCGAGGAGUAUCUCCAAAAGCACACAGAGAUCACUUCAUUGAUUGUCUCUCAUGAUUCCGGCUUCCUCGACGCAGUGUGCACGGACAUUUACCACUACGAGAACAAGAAACUCGUUCAUUAUCCUGGAAAUCUGGCCGCAUUUGUUAAAGUCAAGCCCGAGGGCAAGAGUUACUACACACUAUCGGCGACACAAGUGCAAUUCAAAUUCCCUCCUCCAGGCAUCCUUAGCGGCGUCAAGUCUAACACUCGAUCCAUAAUCCGAAUGACAAAUUGUAGCUACACUUAUCCCGGUGCGUCAAAGCCCAGCUUGACCGACGUCUCAUGUCAACUCAGUCUCUCAUCCAGGGUGGCAAUCAUUGGUGCCAACGGUGCUGGUAAAUCUACCCUCAUCAAGCUGUUGACGGGUGAAACCAUCCCUCAGACGGGCAAGGUGGAGAAGCAUCCUAAUCUGCGAAUCGGGUACAUUAAGCAACAUGCUUUGGAACACGUCGAGAUGCAUUUGGAAAAAACACCAAAUCAGUACUUGCAAUGGAGAUACGCCAACGGAGAUGAUCGCGAGGUGUUGAUGAAAGCUACGCGCCAGCUUACUGACGAGGAUAAGGCACAGAUGGACAAAUGGAUCGACCUCGGGGACGGGAAGGGUGGCAGGCAGAUUGAGAACCUGAUCGGCCGACAAAAGUACAAAAAGACAUUCCAGUAUGAGGUGAAAUGGAGAGGUAUGCUUCCAAAAUUCAACACACAGGUCUCUCGAGAGACGCUGCUGGAGUGGGGCUUCCAGAAGCUUGUCCAAGAGUUCGAUGAUCACGAAGCGUCCCGAGAAGGUCUUGGUUAUCGCAUCCUGGAACCCAAGGUGAUUUCAAAGCACUUUGAGGACGUUGGAUUGGAUCCCGAGAUCGCCAAUCAUAAUGAGAUCUCAGGUUUAAGUGGUGGCCAGAAGGUCAAAGUCGUUCUGGCCGGUGCCAUGUGGAACAACCCUCACUUGUUGGUCCUCGACGAACCGACCAACUUCUUGGAUCGAGAUUCUCUGGGUGGUCUAGCCGUGGCUAUUCGUGACUACAAGGGCGGCGUUGUCAUGAUCAGUCACAAUGAGGAAUUCGUUGGCGCGUUGUGUCCGGAACAAUGGCAUGUGGCUAAUGGAAAAGUGACACACAAAGGUCAUCUUGCUAUCGAUCUGAACCGGUUUGAAGACUCGCGCCCAGGGUCCAGCAAUGUCAGCUCCUCGGCGGUGUCCAGUGCCACCGCUUCCGCCGUCAACUCCGGAGUUGAGGACAACAGCGAGAUGAAAUUCAAGGCGAAGAAGAAAAAGAAGAUGACAAGGGCUCAAUUGAAGGAGAGAGAGGUGAGAAGAAGGCUGAGACAGUAA